CAGCUCCAAACAUGAUCAGUGCAUAAAUCUGUCUGCAGCCCAGGAUGUCGGAAGCGUACCAAGAGACAGCAAUCUACUCCCGAGUGCUUGGUGCAAAAGGAAGGCUGUGGCUUCAGUUGAAGCGCUGGGCUUGGUGACCCAUCCUCAAGGAUCCCUAAUGUUGCACCCACUGUGCCUGUCAGCAAAAAAAAAAGACUGAGUAGACAACCUUCAUGACUUUAGUUGAAGAAAAAUCCUUUGGACUGCAGCUUUCUGAUGUCAGGAACCAGCAGCAAAGCACAGGCAGGAAGGUGAGGCAGCUAACUGGACAAGGGCUCUGAGGGGCAGACAGACAUACAGACGGACAGGCAGAUGGAGAAGGACCCCGGUGCUGACCUGAAGAUGGGUGGAAAAAAGAGAAUGAGGAGGGGCACUGUAGAAAGCAAGAGAAAAGCUGGUCUCUAAGUCAGAAAGACUCCGCUGCCUAAUCCCUACCCGGCCCUGCCUGACUUCAGCUGCAGCUGGACGAGAUGCCAGAAGGGCUAACGAUGCAGGUCCAGCCUCACUGAACCGGUGGUGCAACACCCUGCAAGGAGUCACUGUGCAACUUGGACAAAGAGGUCCUCCCUUUCCCUUGGACACUGCCCACUAGGUUCCAAGCCAUGAGGAGAAAGGAGAGAAAAGCGAAGCUCCCCAAAGACUAUUAAACCCACGUCUUCCCUGGUCUUCAGAUCCAGCACCUCUCCCCCUUCCAGCAAACGAGGGAAACUCCUUCUUUGCAUUGCUCUUCCAGAUGGCAGGUCGCAGGUGGGCAGUGACGUCGGCGCUGUGUGUGUGCAUGGCGGCUGUCUCGAUCCUGCACACGGGCAGGGUGCGGGCAGACUGCUGGCUGAUUGAGGGAGACAAGGGCUUCGUGUGGCUGGCUAUCUGCAGCCAGAACCAGCCCCCGUACGAGUCCAUCCCUCAGCAGAUCAACAGCACGAUCGUGGAUUUGCGACUGAACGACAACAAGAUCAAGAGCGUGCAGUACUCCUCGCUCAGCCGCUUCGGAAACCUGACAUACCUCAACCUGACCAAGAACGAGAUCUCCUACAUUGAGGAUGGUGCCUUCUCGGGACAGUUCAACCUCCAGGUGCUGCAGCUGGGCUACAACCGGCUAAGAAACCUGACCGAGGGAAUCCUUCGGGGCCUGGGGAAGCUGGAGUACCUGUACCUCCAGGCUAACCUCAUUGAGAUAGUCACCCCCAAUGCCUUCUGGGAGUGCCCCAACAUAGUAAACAUUGACCUGUCCAUGAACAGGAUCCAGAGACUCGACAGCAACACCUUCCGGGGCCUGAACAAGCUCUCCGUCUGUGAGCUCUACAGCAACCCCUUCUAUUGCUCCUGUGAGCUCCUUGGCUUCCUACAAUGGUUGGAGGCCUUCACCAACAUGACGCGCACGUAUGACCGCAUGCAGUGUGACUCCCCGCCAGAUUAUUCUGGCUACUACCUGCUCGGCCAAGGCCGGACCGGUUACCGCAACGCCCUGAGCAUGCUCUCCUCCCUCUGCACUGGUGGCCCCUACACCAUGAUACCUCGCCCGCUCCCCCCCAGGUACCAGGUGACCACAGCCCCCUCAGAAAGCCCAUGCUCAGAAGAAGACUGCUCCUCUGGGGACGGCACCACACCGCAGAUCCCCUUCUAUACAUCCGCUGGGGAGAUGGAGGUGCGCCCCAACCUCCAAGCAACGCACAUCACCCAUAACUCGGCCGUGCUGGUUGUGCACAUCCCAUUCCCCUACAGCAGGAUGUAUGUCCUGGCCCGGUUUGAAAACGGCUUCUCCACAGAUCUCCAGAAGCUCCAAAAGCAGAAGGAGGAAAUUGAGGUGAAGGAUCUGGAAGCACAAAGAGACUAUACCUACUGCAUCGUCUCCCACCACCAGGUCUUAAGGUACAACCACACUUGCAUCACCAUCUUCCCAACCAGAAAAAACAGGGAAGAGCCAGUCCCCACACCCUCCACUGCCACCCACUACAUCAUGACGAUUCUGGGUUGCCUGUUCGGCAUGGUGAUUGUCCUGGGGGUGGUGUAUUACUGCCUCCGCAAGAGGCGUCAGCAGGAGGAGAAGCACAAAAAAGCGACCGGCAGCAUGAAGAAGACCAUCAUCGAGCUGAAGUACGGGCCGGAGAUGGAGACAACCAGCAUCACCCAGCUGUCACAAGGGCAAAUGCUGGGUGGGGAGACAGUGACCCGCAUCCCUUACCUCCCCUCCGCGGGGGAAGUUGAGCAGUACAAGUUGAUAGACAGCAGCGAGACCCCCAAAGCCACUAAAGGCAACUACAUGGAAGUGCGGACCGGGGAGCAGCCUGAAAGACGAGAGUGCGAACUGUCCCUGCCGCCCGACAGCCAGAGCUCUGUGGCCGAGAUCUCGACUAUCGCAAAGGAGGUGGACAAAGUGAACCAGAUCAUUAACAACUGCAUCGAUGCCUUGAAAUCAGAGUCCACCUCCUUCCAGGGGGUGAAAUCUGGAGCGGUUUCUACGGCAGAGCCUCAGCUGGUACUCUUGUCGGAACAGAUCCCCAGUAAACACGGCUUCCUGUCCCCUGUCUACAAGGAAAGUUACAGCCAUCCGCUGCAGAGACAUCACAGCAUGGAGGCACCCCCCAAACGCUCCAGCACGUCCUCCAGCGGCUCCAUACGGAGCCCCCGAUCCUUCCGCUCCGAGGGCUCCGGCCACAAAUCAGAAGCCAAAUACAUUGAGAAAACAUCCCCAACCACAGACACCAUCCUCACUGUGACGCCGGCGGCUGCCAUCCUGCGGGCAGAGGCGGAGAAGAUUCGACAGUACAGCGAGCACCGGCACUCGUACCCUGGCUCGCAUCAGGGGGAGCAGCACGAUGGCAUGGGGGGCCGCAAGCCCUCCAUCCUGGAACCCCUGACCAGACCCCGGCCCAGGGACCUGGCCUACUCGCAGCUCUCGCCUCAAUACCACAACCUGAGCUACACCUCCAGCCCAGAGUACACAUGCAAACCGUCGCACAGCAUCUGGGAACGCUUCAAACUCAACCGGAAGCGGCACAAAGACGAGGAGGAGUAUAUGGCAGCCGGCCAUGCCCUGCGCAAAAAGGUCCAGUUUGCCAAAGACGAGGAUCUUCACGACAUCCUAGACUACUGGAAGGGUGUGUCAGCCCAGCAAAAGUCUUGAGUCCUCACACAACUCGUGACUGAACACUAACUGGACCAAAAGCAACCUGCAGCAGCUAUUUUUAUUCAGACUUUCAAACAGAAACUAUGAAAAUCUAUAAUUAUUCUAUAUAAUAUAUAAAAGAGAGAGAUAUUAAAAAGGUCUCACGUUUGUGAGAUGUGCACCAAAUUUGACCACAAACACUAUAAAGAAAAAAAAAACCAAACUGUGGUGUGAAAAAAAAGUUUUGUUUUGUUUCCUUUUUUUAAAAAAAAA